UUGUCUGGUCCGAUCAGACAGCAGGUGGCGCCACACCUGACUCCUGCAGCGACCAAAGAAGAAGAACUCAGCGGAAGUCUGGGGUUCUGAACAGAGGUUCCGUCCAGGGUUCGGUUCAGGGUUCGGUUCGGUUCGGUUGUCCUGUCGGAACCAUGAACGCGCCUCCCGCCUUCGAGUCGUUUCUGCUGUUUGAAGGAGAGAAAAAGAUCAGCAUCAGUAAAGAUACGAAGGUUCCCAACGCGUGUUUGUUCACGUUAAACAAGGAGGACCACACACUGGGUAACACAAUCAGAGCUCAGCUGCUGAAGGACCCUCAGGUUCUGUUCGCUGGUUACAAAGUUCCUCAUCCUCUGGAGCACAAGGUCGUCAUCCGGGUCCAGACCACACCUGACUACAGUCCUCAGGAAGCGUUCACCAACGCCAUCACAGAUCUGCUGAGUGAGCUGUCGCUGCUCGAGGAACGCUUCAGAGUGGCCAUCAAGGACAAACAGGAAGGCAUCGAGUGACCCCGCCCCCACUGUGACCUCACUUCCUGUAUUACUCUGUUUUUCUUAAAUAAACACACGAUGUCAGACGCUU